AGUUAUAUUGGCUCAAACAUUCACGUGGGCUCCAGCCAUGUUGCCUCAGCCUCUGGCUUCACAUUUUGGCUGUAGGCUUCGGGUCGGCGAGGAACAUGCUGGCUCCAAGUUGCCAAGUUCGUGUCGUUGGCCUUGUGGGUCGCAGUGAGCUGAAUGGCCGCUUAGCGACGGCCCUGCGCUACGUGCCUGGAAGAGGGCGGUGGGAAGUUCGACUCGAUGGGGAAGCAUCGUCUGCCAUGCGUUUAGGCCUCAAGCCAGAACAUCUCGAGCGCAUUGCCAGCACCACUGGCGACGAUUGUGCAGUUUGCCUCAAUAGUCUCGAUACCUCGGAGCCGACCCAGACUCUCACAUGUUCUCAUCGGUUCCACGCAGACUGCAUUAAAGCACUCCGCCGCCACGGGGCAAUGGAGCUUUGCCCUCUCUGCCGCAAGCCCAGCUCAUCCCUUCGGAGCGUGCAGUCUUUUUUGGAUGAUGCGUGCGCGCUGUUCGUCCAACACGCGCGCUUGUCGCCAGAGUCCGAGGCAGCCCGAGCGGUGCUCAGCGUGUCUGUACGUGCUCUUGAAGAGGCAGUUGCGAUCGACCCGUGCAAUGCGACAGUCCAAAAUAACCUUGGUUACGCGUUAUCUCGUACUGGUGAUGCCGCAGGUGAGAGGUCAGCAUAUCGUGCAGCCAUUGCUUCUUCCCCGACAGCCCCUCUUCCUCUUUGCAAUCUGGCCCAAUGCUUGCUAGGUCAGGAUACACUGUGGGAAAACAUGUUUGCGUACGAAAGCGGUCAUAGCAAGGACAAUGUUGACGAGGCCAUAUCACUGCUUCAGAGAGCAAUCGCUGCUGAUCCCAGAUUUGUCCAAGCUCACGUCGCGCUGGGCAGAGCGUUCAUGGAAGCAGGCAAUAGGGAAGGCUCCCUAGCAGCACUCCAGGCGGCACUCGAAGUUGACCCAAACCACAUCGAGGCCAACGUAGAGUUGGGUACCACGCUCGAUUUCGAUGAUAUGGAUGGUGCUAUCGCUCAUUUCCGAAGGGCUAUCAGGGCUGACCCUCAUCGCAGAUCUCCUCACAGUGAACGUGCACGAGAAGAGUUAGAAAUGUUGUUGCCUGUCGCGAGGGCGAGCGGCAAGAGCAAGGAAUGCUGAUACAUGGAGCAGCAACACAGCAUCGAUGUAACACAUGGCGUCCCAGGAGGGCCCUCAGAGGUAUCCCGAUGCCCUCCGCUUGCUGCAUCUAUAGCGCCAGAAGUAAUCGUUUGCAGCAGGCAGCAGCAGACGGCAGCAGAACGCAGCAGCACUGCUUGGCGCUGCUCUGCGUUGCGCUGCACCGCCUUGCGCCGUGAGGCACUGCCUUGCUUUGGUCCGCAUGGCAGUGCUCUGCUUCUCGUCGCACUGCCUUGCUUUGCACUGACUGGCCAACUGGGCACCAGGGCAACCCCGACCGCCAGGCAACCCGGGCAAACCGGGAGGAAGGCCGGGCAGCCCCGAGGACGCCCGAGGGAGGCCAGGGAGGCCAGGCCAGGCCGGCCCCCCCAGGCUCUGGAAGCACACGGGAGGGCUCUUCAGGCAAGGCCCCGCUGUGACCGUUCUCUUGUCCACUUCCGUUUGCCGAUGGGCGCGGGCCCUCGCACCCCCCCCCAUGGAGUAGAUCUCGGCCGUUUUUGUCGCCUGCUUCACGCGGGUGGAGUCCCCCCACAGGACGCACUGUGGCGAGCAGUCGCAAGAAGCGAAGGUCAAGGGCCAGGCCUUCCCCCCCUUCCGCCCAAGGUCGAAACGCCGCAUAAGAAAGCGCUCGCAUUGGGGAA